AACUUAGUCAGGAAAUGGUGUAACAUUCAAAAUGCGACAAACAACUGCGUUAUGUGCCAUAAAGAAUGGGAAACAACAGACCACCUCCUUCUUAGAUGUGAAUUUGCUAAACAAAUCCGGAUGUACUUCACACAAAUUAUAAACUCACGCUCAUUUUCUGAGGUUUGUACGACUUGGAUUACAUCCAUUGAUUCAAGACACCGAACCUUAUGAGACCUGCUUCCAAGAAAAUUCUGUUGGAAUAUCAGGCUCGAAAAUUUUUUGAAUCUCUGACGAUGUUGGGACAAUACCUCGGACGUCGACCAGAGACUUUGACUUAAGCCAUGCGGCAGAAUAGUCAACAAACAUGAGUUUUCCAUUUGUCUCUACAAAUGAUCUUCAUCCACAGCAACAAUUCAGGAAGAAGAAGUAGAAAGACAGUUCAGAAUGAGAAAGAUGAUGAUAAAAUCUUCUUCUCUCCAUCCUCUUCUUCUACUACUCUUACUGCAACUCACUCAGCUUCUACUGAUCCUAAGCUAUUUCCCACAACUAACAAGAGCUCAGACAUACCAGAACAUAAGCUCAGACACCACCCUCACCACCUCUGGCACCAUCACCAGUGUCCUCUCCCCCUCCGGUGACUUCGCUUUUGGCUUCACUCCCCUACCAUCAAACGGUAACACCACCACCGAUCUCUUCCUCCUGGCCAUUUGGUUAGCCAAGACUGCAGACAAAGCCAUAGUCUGGACAGCCAAUGGCAACAGCCCAGCACCUGCUGGUUCCACACUCAGCCUCAGCUCCAAUGGCCAGCUCUUACUAACAGGCCCUGAUGGAGAUACCAUCUUCUCCUCCUCCGCCUCGGGCGGCUCCCACGCAGCCAUGCUCGACACUGGAAACUUAGUCCUUGUCGAUGCCAACUCCAGCGACCUCAUUUGGCAGAGCUUUAAUUUCCCUACUGACACAAUCCUCCCCACACAAGUCCUCAGCCUUAUUAAUGCUUUUAUUAACACUCAGCUACAGUCCAAACUCACCAGCACCAACUACUCUAGCGGCCGGUUCAUCUUCAGCCUAAAAGGCGGAGAUGUCUCACUACGGCAACUCGCCAGCCCCAUCAACGCCAAUCAAUCCUAUAAUUCAUACUGGUCUACAUCCACCUCCGGCUCUGGAUCUAAACUCAUCUUCGACCCCCUAGGCAUCGUCUACUUGGAGCUAAUUAAUAAUACAAGGAUAAACAUAACUUCAGCAGGUGUGGGAUCAAAUACGGCUGCUGAUUUCUAUCAACGUGCAACUUUGGACUUCGAUGGAGUCUUCAGACAUUAUGUUUACCACAAGGGCAGCAAUGGCAGCUGGGCACAGGGAUGGACCUCACAAGGUCAUGUUCCAGAUGAUAUAUGCCGGGCAAUUACUAAUGAUGUCGGAAGUGGAGCUUGCGGCUUCAAUAGCUACUGUCAAUUGGAUGGGGAUCAAAGAGCAGUGUGCCAGUGCCCAUCCAAAUACUCCUUUAUAGACAGCAGCAAUGAGUACAGAGGUUGCAUGCCGGACUUUGUGGCGCAGAGGUGUGAUGUUGAUGACUCUGCACGGUUUCAGCUCGUGGAGAUGGUGAACACUGACUGGCCAUUAUCAGACUAUGAGCAUUACACUCCGAUUGUUGAAGACCAGUGCAGAGACUAUUGUUUAAGUGAUUGCUUCUGUGCAGUGGCAAUCUUCAGAAAUGGAGAAUGUUGGAAGAAGAAACUGCCUCUCUCCAAUGGAAAGAUCGGCGGGUAUGUUGGAGGAAAGGCUCUCAUCAAAGUAACAAAGGAUAAUGCUUCUUCUUACGAGCCCGGGACAAUCACAACCAUUGUAGUCAAGAAGAAUGACCGAAAAGGUCUGAUAAUUGCUGGCUCUUCGCUCCUCGGAGGUUCAGUAUUCAUUAACAUUCUAUUCGUGGUGGCCAUAUUGUUUAUGAUCUUCUGCUAUCCUUGUAAACGAAAGCACCCUCAUCAUCAAGAUGUCUCCAAUGUUUCGGAGCACGGUCUUCGUUGUUUUACUUACGAAGAGCUCCGAGAGGCCACAAAUGGCUUUAGUGAGGAACUGGGCAGUGGAGCAUUCAGCACGGUUUACAAGGGGGCUUUCUUGAACGGGAAGGACAGUAUUUGCAUUGCGGUCAAGAAGUUAAACAAGGUGUGCCAAGAUGUUAAUAAAGAAUUCUUGGCAGAAGUCAGAUCAAUUGGACAGACGCACCACAAGAAUCUGGUCAGGUUGUUGGGAUACUGCAAUGAAGAGGAGAACAGGCUUCUAGUCUACCAGUUUAUGAGCAAUGGUUCAUUGACGAGUUUCCUCUUCGGAGAGAUGAAGCUGGAAUGGAACAGGCGAGUGAAAAUUAUCUUGGGCGUGGCAAGAGGGCUCCUUUACUUGCAUGAAGAGUGCAUCACACCUAUCAUACAUUGUGACAUAAAGAGUCAAAACAUACUCUUGGAUGACAACCUGGUGGCGAAGAUCUCAGAUUUUGGAAUGGCAAAGCUACUGGGAGCUAAUCAGACACGAACAAACACGGGCAUUAGAGGGACUAGAGGUUUUGUUGCGCCGGAGUGGUUCAAGAGCAUGCCAAUUACGGUGAAGGUUGAUGUGUAUAGCUUUGGAGUGAUGUUGCUAGAGACCAUCUGCUGCAGGAAACACUUGGAGGAGAGUGAGAACGAGGAAGCAGUGGUGCUGGUUUACUGGGCGUAUGAUUGCUACAGAGAGGGGAGAUUGGAUAUCUUGGUUGGAAGUGAGAGAGAAGCGUUGCUUGACAUGAGAAGGGUGGAAAGAUUUGUGAUGGUGGCCAUUUGGUGCAUCCAGGAAGACCCAUCACUCAGGCCUACAAUGCCAAAGGUGGUACUGAUGCUUGAAGGCUCUGUUUCUGUUCCUGUGCCCCCUGAUCCUUCUUCCUACAUGAGCUCAAUCCAAGAAGAAAGAUUUCUCCCUAGUUAAUGUAUGGACUCUAGAGAAUAUCCAGACUUGUAGGAUAUGAACCAAGUUAUGUUCUAAUGUUCUUGAUCUGUGUGUGAUCCUGUAAAGUUAUUGUACAUCAACUUGUGUUUUUCUUGAGAAAUAAGAUGGACAUGGCACUUUAUUAGAA